GGACAAUGGCUUGGAACACACUUCCCACCAGGGAGAAAGGGAUGGGUUCAGCUGACCCCCCACCCUGGGGACCUGCAAGUCUGCACCCACCCUGUCUCACCCAUUCUUGAACUCUUGAUCCCUGGCCCUGCAGCCCCCGCAGCUUCCUGUUUGCCCACUCUAUUUGCCCGGCCCCAGGGACAGAGCUGAUCCUUGAACUCUAGGUUCCACAUCUCAGCCGGGACCAGUGAGCAGUGGCAAAGCCUGGGCUGGACUUAUCACCUUCCCAGCCCAGCCCCUGCUGGAGACAUAAAUAGGCCCAGGGAGAGCUACUGCUCAGCCACCGCUGAAAGUGCUCACUCCAGGUCACCAAGAUGAAAGCUGUGGUACUGACCUUGGCCGUGCUCUUCCUCACGGGGAGCCAGGCAGGGCAUUUCUGGCAGCGAGAUGAACCUCAGACACAGUGGGAUCGAGUGAAGGAUUUAGCCACCGUGUAUGUGGACUCACUGAAAGACAGCGGCAGAGACUAUGUGGCCCAGUUUGAAGCCUCCGCCUUGGGAAAACAGCUAAACAUGAAACUCCUGGAAAACUGGGACACCUUGAGCACCACGGUCACCAAGCUUCGUGAACAGCUGGGCCCGGUUAGCCAGGAGUUCUGGGAUAACCUGGAAAAGGAGACAGAGGUGCUGAGGCAGGGGAUGGACAAGGAUCUGGAGGCGAUGAAGGAGAAGGUGAAGCCCUACCUAGACGAGUUUCGACAGAAGUGGCAGGAGGAGGUGGAUCUCUACCGCCAGAAGGUGGAGCCGCUGGGCAAGGAGCUCCACGAGGGCGCGAGCCAGAAGCUCCAGGAGCUGCAGGAGAAGCUGAGCCCGCUGGGCGAGGAGUUCCGCGACCGCGCGCGCACUCACGUGGACGCGCUUCGCCAGCAGCUGAACCCCUACAGCGAAGAGCUGCGCCAGCGCCUGGCUAGCCGGCUGCAGAUGCUCAAGGACAGCGGCAGCGUCCUAUCUGAGUACCACAGCAAAGCCAGCGAGCAGCUGCGAGCGCUCGGAGAGAAGGCUAAGCCAGCCCUGGAGGACCUCCGCCAGGGCCUGCUGCCUGUGUGGGAGAGCUUCAAGGUCAGCGUCCUGACCGCCAUCGAUGAGGCCACCAAGAAGCUGACCACCCAGUGAGCCACCCGUCGCCCGCUGGGACUCCCCUUUGCAUCAUUCGGUUUCUUGGAAUAAACGUUUCCAAAG